UGGCAUAGUGAGCACACCUGUGGAGCUGCUCCCUUGCGGACCCCCUUGAGUGCAUCUGGCUUACUUGUGUACUACCGAAAGCCCUCACCUUCUGAUCAACCUGCCUCGCACACCUAUCUGAGACCUGACAUAGCAUCACGCCAGCCAUGGAGAUAAUUGUGAGAGGGAUGGUUACCGUGGCCGUGGUGUUCACCUUCUGUAAAGGAAACGACGAAAUGACAGAUGGUUACAGAGCCACAGGGACGGAGGAAAGUCCUCCUGGGAGCCCAUUCAGCGUUCUCUCUCUCUUUAAAACACCCUCCAACCUCGCCAACCUUAUAUCCAGCGCAAUGAAAAAGGAGGGGGAAGAAAGGGAGAAGGAUCUGGAGGAGAAAGAGGAGGAGGUUUCGGAUAAUUCUACUCUGCCAACUGACUCAAGAAAUGAUAGCUAUGAAUCUACGUCCUCUUCCUCUUCUUCUUCAUCUUCCUUAUCAUCCCCCUUAACCACCUUCUUUGCCUCCAUCGCCUCCUCCUCACUCUCCUCCUCCUCCACCGCCCCAGAAGAUGAUGAGGGCGGUGUACAGUUCUUGCCUGCCUCCUCCGCACAGUUCGGAGACCUUGGUAAUGGAAGCAAGUUAGUCGACCUAUUUUCUGACUUAACAGAGUACUCGGUGAGUGCUACAGAGGUGGCCCCCUUUGCUGGUGCCGGGGCUGUGGCUCUCUUGGCUUUGGGGGCACUGUUUGCUGUUCCUGUAGCACCAGCUCUACUGAGGCGUACCGGCGCAGAAGGAUGGUCAGGCCUGCCAAGCUUGAGUGAGCUGUUCGGAUGGUUUCGCUCAUCUGACCCAGUUGCCGAAGCCUGGGCUGAUAACUACUACCAACGAUAUGAACAUCCAGGCGGAGAGUACGGUGGAGAGUACUAUCCUGGCUUCGACCAUAGCGAAAGUGGGUCAGUGCCAAAGCAGUACUUUGAAGAUGGGAGUCACCCCCACCCUGGUGCUCCUGGCCCCCACGCCGAGGCCCCCAAUCUCCACCACGACGAUGCCCCGCCUCCUCGCUACCAACCGAUCUUCGCCCUUAACCGUCGCCAAGGCACCAGAAGAGUGUCUAAGGAUGGCUAUGAAUAUGUGAAUUUGGAUGAGAUCAACAGGAUUGGUGAGGAGUCGGUGCGCAUUUUCGGACAGCUGGUGCAAGGCAUGGGCGAACAGGAUGACCCAAACUUCUACAGGGAAGGCACAAAUCAUGUGGCUCGACGUCGCCUCCCACAACAACACCAGGAUUCCCACCACGACUCUAGCAUCUUCCAGCACGACCCUAAUCCUUCCUUCCACUACCAGAGCAACGAUGAGGUGCACGAGUACCCAAAAGUAGCAUACGAAAAUCAGGCAUAUGUCGAGAAUUAUGAAUAUCCCCAAAAUGCACAAGACCAACAUUAUGAAAGUCAGCCUCAUUCACAAAACACUGACGAGUAUCAAGAAAAGGAACUUCACUGGUAUCCACAACAUGAUAGGGAUUCUAACGAUGCCUUAGUCCAUGGAAGUUCUGACCAGAGUACUUCACAACAUCCAUACGCGCAGGAAAUUGCCACUUCUGACGUUCCUCACCCUUACAGAAAGGAAGAACCGCAGGUCUUCCUAUCUGAGAGAAGACAAGGCGAAAAUAGUGAUCAGUCUUCGGGUCUCAGGCGUCAGCCAGUUAAAGUUUCAGAGUUCCCGUACGAGUUUCACAAAAGCGACUGACGUUCUUGCGGUCUUGUGUGUCCGUAAAUAUGUCUUGUUGAGGAACUAGUUCAAGUGAUUUAGAAGAAAAAGGUGAUUUUCAGGGUGACUGCAUAUUUCAUAGAGGCGACUGAGAUGUUUGUGGUUUGUGAAUAAACAUGUAUCUUGAUAAGCAAUUAGUAUUUGUAAGUAAGUAAAAUUUGACGAGUUCAAUGAGACGAUUUCCGUGUUUUCCUGAUAAUUAUUUGAGUUUUUUUUAUUUUCUCUAACAAAAAUAACAAAUUAGUUGCUAUGAUUGUAAAUAUUAAUAUUACUUCUACCAUUAGUCAGAUCUCUCGGAAUUGGAGGCCGUUUCCUUCAAGUUCUUUCCGAGUUUCUAACUGAGAGAAGGCAACGUGUGACUGGUGAUGGCUGUUGCAGUUCUUUUAGUCCAGUUCUAUCUGGUGUUCCCCAAGGUAGUGUCCUGGGACCCCUUCUUUUUAUUAUUUAUACACUUAACAUGUGGUGUGCAAUUGAGUCUAAUAUGGUUGCAUAUGCUGACGACACCUCUAUAUAUGCAGUAAUUCUUUCCCCUCAGGAUAGACAGAGAAUUGAUAAUGUUCUCACUCGCGAUAUGUCAAGGAUUCUGUCUUGGUGUGGUCGAGUGGCAGACUGGCAGUACAUGCUUGCCGCUUACAAUUUUCUGACUUGUAUAUGUAAAGGAGACCGCACAUCUUGGUGAUGAAUUAUUGUCCUCACUGCAUUUCUUGGUGAUCAUGAAUACAUUACAGCGUGUCUUGGAUAUCAUGUACAUUACUUUUUUACCUGUUACAGUAUAUUUACAGUAAUAAAUUACGAAAUUAUUUUUAUUUCAUACGUCUGCAUGUUCAAGUGCUGGAAAACAGUAGAAAGAGAAAAUAAAAACAUUACGGUACUCCAUGGAUGCGGUACUCUAAGGGCAAGCGCUCUCCAUGUUAGGCGCGCUCCACCCUCGUAUUCGUACCUCACGGCUUCAACAAUAUGACGGCAGAUUUGACAGGAAAACUGGCUGCACUCACCAGUAAAGCGCGCUCGGCGCUAUGGGCCUCUCCACCCUUAUUA